UGGUAUCUGAUUCGGAACUCAGAAAGUAUAUGAUCCAUGCUGAUAGACUUGGAAUGUCUAGUGGAGAUUAUCAAUUUUUCUAUGUCAAAACUACUUUGCCAUCACCAGCUGAUAUGAAAAAUCUACAAAGCACAGAUUUUUGGAAGAAGAGUGAUGCUGAUGACGAGGCUGCAAGAAGGGGAUUUGAAAAUCUUUUGUAUAUCAUAUUGGGUGAUACAAAAGAAACAGAUCAGAAUUGGCAAGUAAAAGCUGUGUCUGCUGCAAAGGCUUUGUUCGGCAAUGACAGCAAUAUGCCGAAAGCAAUGGAGCCUGAUUCAUAUUCGAUCUUUUUACAUGACUGUGUAAUGCUGUAUGGUUUAGCUCUAAAUUUGACUGGCGGUAAUGCAACUGCUGUUAAUGGAACCAGUAUAAGGAAUGCUGCAGUCGAUGCUUCGUUUCAAGGUUUAUCAGGGGAAAUAAUCCUAACUCAGUUUGCUGACCGUUUCCCAUAUUUGUCCAUCUACGAUUUAAACGUUACUGGGAUGUUUUCACUUGUUGCAUAUCUGUACUACACAAAAAUCAACGGAACUAUUCAAACGAUUACAGAUGUUGAUGACAUACGAUGGGGAAAUGGUUUAACAAGUAAAACGUAUACACCACCAGACACUCCACCUUGUGGUUUCUACAAUGAAUUAUGUCCAAACGAUAACACAUCACAAACUGCAUUAUAUGCUGGACUUGGUUGUGGAAUGCUAGCCGCCAUGUUGAUAGUAUUUUUACUAUAUCGCAUUUGGAAGAAAGAGCAGCAGUUGAAUGAUUCAACAUGGAAAGUAAAGUACCAAGAUUUGGAUUUCAGGAUCGCAAAAAAUGCCAAAUCAUUUAUGGCAUUAUCCACUGCAUUUACCCAGAGUGAUGGUUGCUUAACGGACGGUACAGCUUCUUAUACUGACAAAUAUGGAAUGACUGAUAAUACAACAAAAUCAGUCAUAGAUGGUGGAGAUGUUAACAAGGCUAACAAUCAUCUAGCAAAGUUCAAAGGACAAAUCGUUUAUUUAAAAAGGUUAAAGAAACAGAAAAUUAAAGUUGAUCGAAAGCUACUUAAAGAAAUGAAAACAUUACUUGGUAUUAAACAUACAAAUGUUACAUCUCUAAUUGGAAUGUGUACAGAACCAGGAAACAUUUCAAUUAUAUGGGAACAUUGUGCAAAAGGGCGGUUAUGUGAUAUUCUUGAGAAUGAUGACAUUAAGCUUGAUACGAUGUUUAAGCUGUCAUUAGCUAUUGAUAUUUGCAAGGGAUUAGAAUAUAUCUACAAAAGCGACCUUAAAUAUCAUGGAAAUUUGAAAAGUACUAAUUGUGUAGUGGAUAGUAGGUGGACAUGUAAGCUUGCGGACUUUGGGCCAAGAACUAUUUAUAAAAACUUUAAUGAUGAGAACAGCGACUGGAGAACAGGAGCAGAGUCACUUUUCUGGACAGCACCAGAACAUCUAAGAAAAUGGGUCGUUCAACAUCAGAAGACUGGAUCGAUUCAAGAAAUAAUUAAUAAAGUAGCUGCAACACUGAAAGUGCCAUUUCGUCCGAAAUUUCCACAUAUGUCGGACGACGUACAGACAAUGAAACAGACAAUGGCUAUUGAGGCUUUAAUAAAACGGUGCUGGGCAGAAGAUCCACAAGUCAGACCCUCAAUUAAACGUGUUCUUAAAACUUUAAAUGCCAUCAAUCCAUUUAAAAAGUCGAAUGUUAUUGAAAAUAUGAUUGUUAUGAUGGAGAAGUACUCCAAUCAGUUGGAGGAACUAGUAGCUGACAGGACAGCUCAGUUAGAAGAUGAAAAACGCAAAACAGACGCUUUGUUAUACCAAAUGCUUCCAAGAAAAGUUGCAGAGGAUCUGAAGCUAGGAAAACCAGUGAAAGCUGAAUCAUUUGAGAAAGUGACAAUAUACUUUUCUGACAUUGUCGGUUUCACAACAAUAGCAGGAGAUUGUACACCAAUUCAGGUUGUGGAACUAUUGAACUCCUUGUACACAGUUUUUGAUGAUACAAUAAAAUCGUAUGAAGUUUACAAGGUUGAAACAAUAGGAGAUGCGUACAUGGUAGUUAGUGGGUUACCAGAGAGAAAUGGCGACAAACAUGCGAGUGAGAUGGCUUAUGUAGCCUUAGAUCUCCUUGAUGGUGUGAGAAAUUUUAGGAUGCCUCAUGACCCCGAAGGUUGUUUACGUAUUAGAAUAGGUCUUCAUAGUGGCCCGGUAGUUUCAGGAGUUGUCGGACUUACCAUGCCACGAUAUUGUCUGUUUGGUGAUACAGUUAAUACAGCUUCUAGAAUGGAAUCCAAUGGAGAAGGUUUGAAAAUUCAUAUGAGUAGUGCAACAGCUAAUAUGUUGAAGGAAACCGGAUUAUUUGAACUCCAGAAAAGAGGUGACCUAACGAUAAAGGGAAAAGGCAGUAUGACAACCUACUGGUUGGAAGGAAUAAAGAAAGAAAAUAUAUCUAGUCAAGACUCGUCUAAACAGUACUAUUCUCAUCUGAGAGAUAAUCCGGAUCAGGAAAUAGAGGACACAGAAAGUUCAGAGGAAGAAACCUUGCCCGAUUUAUGUGAGAAAAUCAAACACUCUGACGUUUUUCAAGACGGACAGUCUAAACUUCCAUCUGCAGAUUUAAUUCAACUUUCUAUCAAAACUCCUAGUUUACAGUUGUUUGACAGUGAACCAGAAGAUGCGGACCAUUAGUACAAUUUAUUCAAUGUAUUACAUUUUUACACUACUUAGUGCAAUUGUUAAGGAACAUUUUUUCUAGUUCAUAAAUGUGAUAUUUGUUAUUUUUUUCUCAUUUAUUUUACAUGUGGAAAUUAAACAUGUUAUUUUAUUACCAUCUA